AUGACCGCAAGAAUAGUUUUCCGUAUCUUCGUUCUGGCUCUCCUGCUCUACAGCGCAGUAACUCAAAAAUGUCCUGCAGGUGGUAGAUCAGAGAGUUCCAUCGUGGGCUGGAUGUUACGCGGACACGUGUACGACACUCUUAUCGCUGAACUUCCGUUUACGUGCGUAUUCAAGUGUCGCGAAGACAAUCGAUGCCAAAGUUUUAACUGGGUUCUCUCUCUUCUUACGUGCGAGUUUAACAACAGGACAAAGGAAGCCAGGCCUGAGAACUUCAUUCCAAACCAAGACAGAUCUUACUAUCGACGCGAUUUACAACGAGGUAAGCCAUCAUUACAUGCCGUGGAUACUCUUAAGUUCAAUGGCCGGUCCGGGGAGACUCCCCCCGAACGGGGUACCUUUGUCAGGCUUCAUAUAUAUGAAAGGGCAAAGAAAUUUCACUGCUUGAAGUAUAUGAAAGGGUAGGAAAAUUAUGUAGGCCUAUAAAAUGACUUAAAAGAGCUAACAGAUGCAUUUUAUGGAUGUGAAAUAGCCGACGGAAAUUUUUCUGGUUUUGUGCCAAUUUUGUGCUUAUUCAUGUUUAAAAGACAGAGCAUUUACAGCAGUUAAGAGGGAUGGUUUAAACCCAUCCAUUUGCUAACGAAGAUAUUAUUCUGGAUGCAAACCUCCCCGGAAUUGAAUUGGAACCAUGAAACUACGAAAUUGUGAUUGAAAUACAGAUAUGAACUUUGUUAAAGCUACUGAGGGGAAAAUUUCUUGUAGUUUUUAUUUACUUUCGUCCUGUUCUGUUCCAGUUGUUCCAAGUGUUUUAUAGAUGUUUUUGAAAUACAUUAUCUGUUUAUUGUUUCAAAUGUAUUAUAAAAAAUGUAACCCUAAAUGUAAUGGUGUAAUGGUAAUUCGGUUUAGAUAUGUUUAUCCCGUCUUUCCGAAACAUUUUUUCCGUUUAUACCUCCCCCCUCCCCCCACCCCCCGAUAUAAGCCCCGCCUCGUUUAUAAGUUCACCCAAACCCCUUAUGAAGUUAUAUAAACCCAGGGCUUUAACGUGGGAUUUUACAGUAGUUCUGAACGAGCUAGGUAUGUUCAAUAGGUAGCAUUCGUGAAUGGAAGGUAUACGAAAGGGGUACCUUUUUUUUCCAAAACGUUAUAUAAAAGGGUAAAGGGUUGGACCUCGGGGAGGAACCUCCCUGCAUAAAACGUUGUUGAGUAGCGCCCCGUGCAUAAAGUAAAAACUAUGCAGGGGUAAAGGCAAACUGAUAAUGAAGAAUUGUUUUUUAACUUUUCAGUUCCCCUUGGUUCGAUUCAAGAACUCCCAGCUGAGACUUGUGACGAAAUAAAGAGGAGUGAAGGACACGCUGUUAGCGGGAAAUACUGGUUUUCCACUAUAAAAUCUGGUACAUCUGUUCUGGCUUAUUGCAAUAUGCAAACCAACGGUGAGUUUAGUCAGUUAUACAAUCGGCGACUACCGUUAACCUGAUUGUGCCCUCUGAUAAGUUAAUUUAUGAUUAAUUAUUAGACGACUGACGUAAAUGUUUCAUAUUUAGUCACAGAUGCGGUGACUGAUGAAAAAUUAACCGGUAGAUUUAAACUGAUAAGACACGGAGAAAAAAAGACAAAUUUUAAGAGGAAAAAAGACUCAUGGAAUCACGAAAGAAUGGGUACUCCUCGCGUCACAUGUUAGGGCCUGAGUAAAAUGCCCAUCAACAAGUUUUUCAUCAAUCAAUAUGUUCGCUGUUCUAGACAUUGACGAAUGCGGUGCCUCUUCUCCUGUAUGUGACAUCAAUGCAAACUGCUCCAAUACUCGUGGAUCGUAUAUCUGUACCUGCAGGACAGGAUAUACAGGCGAUGGAAAAACUUGCCAAGGUAGGAUAAAUGUCGAUUUACUGUGAUAACAACGAAGAGGGCAGAUUUCUGGGGACUUGUGACGACCAGUAAAAAUCGGCAAUCCAUCGAAUCCAGUCCUUUUAUAUACGGGCAGUGCAUGACAUCAUGCCUCGGGUUAUACUUCUGUUAUUAGAAACUUCCUGGAUAAAUGUAAGUGUAUAGAAAUUCUUUAAAAUGGCGCGCAAGAAUUAAAACGUUUAAAGUCUGUUAUUUAACCAAGAAAUGUAAUGCCGUCAUGUAAUGCCCACGAAACCAAGUAGAAAAAGAGAAAAAAAUAUGAAGCAACAGCAAGCGGGAGAUUUAAACUGAUGACACGGAGAUAAAAAGAGAAAUUUUAAGGGGAAAAGAGACUCAUGUUACGAAGGAAUGAGUACUCCUCGCGUCUCUUGUUAGGGCCUGAGUAAAUGCCAUUCAACAUUUUUUUCAUCAAUCAAUAUGUUCGCUGUUCUAGACAUUGACGAAUGCGGUGCUUCUUCUCCUGUAUGUGUCUUAAAUGCCAACUGCUCCAAUACUCGUGGAUCGUAUAUCUGUACCUGCAGGACAGGAUAUACAGGCGAUGGGAAAACUUGCCAAGGUAAUUAAGAUAAAGGUCGAUUUACUGUGAUAACAACGAAGAUGGCAGAUUCUCAGGGAAUUGUGACGACCAGUAAAAAUCGGUAAUCCAUCGAAUCCAGUCCGUUUAUAUACGGGCAGUGCAUCACAUCAUGCCUUGGGUUACACGCCUGUUAUUAGAAACGUUUUCGGGUAGCCUGAGAAAACAGCCGAACUUUGGCGACGUUACCACUGGUUUCCCCGCCAAAUGACGUCUGAGGAACGAGCGCAGACAUUCCAUACUGAUCUAAACUACGAGCAGUCUCUCUUGUUUCUGUAGUCUGUCGAGCAAAACGCGAGACACGCAAAUGGCCACGCGCGUGACUGAUGGCGCGAGACGGGAGAGGCACGAAAAAAGAGAAUCACAAAUCAGCCAAUCAUAUUUUGCGUUGUGAGGCCAACGCUUAAUUCAUUGGCUCUGGCUAAGCGGGCAGUCUCUCUUUUUUCUUCUCGGGCUGCCGCCCUCGUUUCGCGCGUCUGGCGGCUUCGCCGCUCCCGCGCGCGUGCAUUGCUCUCACUAAAUCUGAAGAAAAGAGAGACUGCUUGCAGUCUAAUACUGAUCACGCGUCAUUGCCCAGAUCUGGGUUCUGAUUGGUCGUGCAGCAUGGGAAAUUUGAUUCAACUAAUCAGAAGCACUUCCCAGAUCUCGGUGGUGAUGUGUCAUAAGUAUGGAAUUUCUGCGCUCGUUUCUCAGACGUAAUUUGGCGGGGAAACCGGUAGUGGCGUCGCCAAAUGUCGAUUGUUUUCUCAGGCUACUUUUUGGGCAAAUGUAAGUGUAUACAAAUUCUUUAAAAGGCCGCGUAAGAAUAAAAACGUUUGAAGUCCGUUAUUUAACCGCAAAAAGUAAUGCUGUAGUUACUUAGUAGCCCGCCUAGCCCAGUAGAAAAAAAUUAUGAAGCAACAGCAACCGGGAGAUUUAAACUGAUAAGACACGGAGAAAAAAAGAGAAUUUUUAGGGGAAAAAAGACUCUUGUCGCGAAGGAAUGAGUACUGCUCGCGUCACAUGUUAGGGCCUUAGUUAAUGCCCUUCAAUAAUUUCUUCAUCAAUCAAUAUGUUUGUUGUUCUAGACAUUGACGAAUGCGGUGCUUCUUCUCCUGUAUGUGACAUCAAUGCGAACUGCUCCAAUACUCGUGGAUCGUAUAUCUGUACCUGCAAGUCAGGAUAUGCAGGCGACGGAAAAAUGUGCCAAGGUAGGAUAAAGGUCGAUUUACCGUGUGAUAACAACGAAGAGAGCAGAUUCCCAGGGACUUGUAACGACCAGCAAAAAUCGGUAAUCCAUCUAAUGCAGUCCGUUUAUAUACGUGCAGUGCAGGAGAUCAUGCCUCGCGUUAUACUUCUGUUAUUAGAAAUUUUUUGGGUAAAUGUGUGUAUACAAAUUCUUUAAAAGGCCGCGCAAUAAGAAUUAAAACGUUUGAAGUCUGUUAUUUAACCGGGAAAAGUAAUGCUGUAGUUACUCAGUAGCCCACCUAGACCAGUGGAAAAAGAAAAACAAAAUUAUCAACAGCACCUGGUAACCCAAGGUUUUUGGAACAGCCUAUAUAGAUAAACUCUGCUUUAGAAGAAUUAUGAGAGAUGUACCAGGCGUGGACAACUCGAUGGCCGCUGAAGAAGAAGAAAACUCUAAAACGUUUUUGUUCCCUGUUGAGGAAAUUCAGACUGCUUUCAACGGGGAUCGAACAAGGUUGAAUGUUUUCAUUAUUUUUAACUUUAUUAUUAUUAUUUGAUUUUAUUUUGUUAGCAAGGAGCCUACGAUAGAUCCUUGUGGAACUCCAAUAUUUUUGUUUUUCUAGACAUUGACGAGUGCAGUGCUUCUCCUCCUGUAUGUGACAGCAAUGCCAACUGCUCCAAUACUCGUGGAUCGUAUAUCUGCACCUGCAAGGCAGGAUACAACGGCGAUGGAAAAAUUUGCGGAGGUAGGAGAAAAUAAUUAGCUAAUCUAAAGGUCAGUUACUUUACUAUUAUAACAUCGACUAUGGAAGUUUCCUAAGGACGUGCGACAUCAUAGCAUUCAAAAUUGUGGCUAAUAUAAUGAGAUCGGCAGUCCGCUAAAUCCGCCGGUAAGUUUUCGUAUCCAGCAUUGUAUGACGUCACACCUCAUGUUAUGCCUCUGCUGGAGCCUAUAACACAGAGCGAGCAACUUCCUUGUACUCUUAUCAAGGCGUUUUCACCAACGAUUUCGGCGUGAAUUUCGACUAUCUUUUAGGUCCCCCAAACCAGUCAGCAAAAGGAAAAUGCCUGAAACUGGCAUUUUUGACUUUUAAAUAACUCUGUAUCAUGAGCCGCCACUUAAGAUCAUGCGCUACCUCACUUCCGUCCAAAGUGCAAAGGCGUAAAUUUAAAUCAUCUAGCUCAUAAUAAGGAUUAGAUUUGAAUAAGGAUGUAGGACGUCACAUUCAAACUUAUUUAUGCAUACGGCACACACUAUUCUAUAAUUUAAUUUAUGUUUACAUUUUCUUGCACAAAUAACGUACUUAUUUUUUUUUUAAUAUAUAUUACUUCUUUUAAGAAGUAAUUACUCAAUUGUUGAGUGAGACUGAGUAGGAUGAAGAAUUUUGCAGAUGGAGGAAGAUAUGUUGCGGUGAAUAACAUCCUCGGAGAUCUGCAUAAUUCUUCACAUUAUACGAAAGCCUAAUUCAUUCAUUGUCUUAUUUUUCAUUCAAAAUAUUUCUUUAUUCUUAUUUAACAACUUUUCCUCAUCGAAGACUUUAUUCAAACCUUUCGCCUAUUUCCCGGCACAGUUUUUCCUUGCAGUGCUCCCCAUCGAGCGAUUUGUUUUGCGUAUUCUUGCAAUUCUUUCGUUCAGUUUUAGUUUAAAAUUCAACUAUUCCGGAUGGUCGUGAACGCCUUUUUUUCAGAAUUUACUGGUGAAUAAUUAGCUAGUUGGAAACGACGUUGAUCGAUGCCAUAUUAAGAACAUGCGAGCAAUUUACCAUCGAUUUGAUGGCAUAUUGCUCCAUCCUCCAAAUAUCAUAAACGCCAGUUGAUUAGGGGCUUUGAGCCAAUCAGAAGCGUCAAAGUAUUUUGAAUGAAUAAUUGUAAUUAACGUAAUAUUCUAUUUACGCUAUUUCAUUUUAUCAGCUGUUCAUCUAUGUUUAUCGAACAUUUUGAUAUAUCUAUAUAGAUACUUCAGGGUUAUAAGUGUUUAAAUUAUUUUAAAUUAUUUUAGUGACAUCAGUUUCGAAAAAAUAUGUUACUUGAAUCACCUUUUCUUUUCUCUUCCCGUAUAUCAGUUUUCGCAGAGGGACUGAAUGACUCCGUUAUCUUAAGAGAUAAUGUGCAUCACUUAGCUAAUUUAAGCGCAUGGCUCAAACCAGUCGCCCAAAGCGAAUCUUCAAAAUGGAAGCGCUGUUGGCGUGCGUCCGUGGAUGGCUGGGCUGUCACUACUUUUCACAGCGGAUGUGACAACAAAGGACCAACUGUAACAAUAAUAAGAGUCGGAGGGACGUACAUAUUUGGAGGCUACACUAACCUCUCAUGGGGUAAGCUCUAAUAGACCUUGUCACGGUUUUCGACGCCAUAUUCACGUGGGCAAACGUGUGAGAAAUUACAGUGUUUAUAUGAGAAUCUGAUGUCGAAAUAUUUCCGUAAUUCGGCUGUUCUGAAAAAAAAAAUCAAUUGUAAACUAAAGCUACAAAGCAAAGGAUUGCACUAAAAAAAUUGGGGGGCGUACCUGUCCUUAAAUUUCUCCAGAGGAUUGCUUUAGGUUUUCCUACAGACAAGUGUAUGGAAAAUUUAAAAAAAGUGGUUCUAGGUAUUCUAACGCAUGCAACGCCCUCACUUUUUUUUUUCAGUAGCAUCCUUAGGAGUGAAGCUUUAGCUUAAAAUUGAUAUUUUUUUCAUAACAGCAAACACUGUAAUUUCUCACUCGUUUACCUACUCGUCAAGAUGGCGUCGAAAACCGUGGCAAGGUCUAUUUUUAAUGGUCUAAACACCAAACAAAGCCGGCCACCUUUUAGUAUCACACCGUGGUUGCGCAUAAUAAGCUAGAGGGAUUGUUGGCGUGCGGAAUCCAAUCAGCCCCUCUCCAACAAUACUCUUUACUUACGUUCUCCAUUUUAACACAACAAUGUUUGGGAAUUCGGGUUUGUAUGUUUAACACCAAUUCUGUAGGGUUACUUCAUUAGGGAAUCGUAUUCGUAUUCGUAAUCGGAACGUUGUUUCAUGCAAGAAAGUCAAACAAUGAUACUAUUAAGAAAAUUAACAGCUUUUUAAAUAACAGCAUGAAAUAAUACAAGUGUAAUGGAAAAAUGAUGGAUAUGGGUGUUGCAAUGGGUUAGGGCUGAAUCCUCACGAAGACGACUUUCUUUCCCAUUUUCCAUGAAUAAAGCGCAGUUAAGGCGAAGUAGUAGUAUACGAGGUAAAGAAAGUUCUGUUGCACAAGGAUGACAACUUGACACUGGCUUAUCUAGCAGAACGAUGGAUGAUUACAAAUUUUCGCCGGCAAUAAAAUUCUGUACUGAUAUUUGUUACUCUAAAAAGUGGUUUUCAGGCAAAGCAUUCGGCACUAUUGUCUCAAGUGCCGUUGUAUUUAAAAAAGAAUAACAAAAAUGACUAGAACGCAAGUGGGAGUUGAUUAAGGCUUAAGUUCCUAAGGCUCGCUUUCCUGCUCUUCAACUAAACGAAAACUGUAUAUAAAAAUUGCGAGUUAGAUGGGGAAAAAUGCCGCUUCUAAUCAAGUCUUUUUUGUUAUAGCUCAGUUCAAGUCUUUUUUGUUAUAGUUCACAUUAAAAAUAAAAUAAAAUAAAAUAAUUGCCAACGAGCAGCCCCGCGAAGAACCGAGGCUGCGAGGCGGCAGCCUAAUAGAACCGUGCGCGAUUGUUCCAAGGGCAGAAAAAAUCUUGAAUCGAUGCAACACAGAGUAAUGUAAGGCAGCCGUAACGUAAUGCGGAACAGAGAAUGCAUUGCUUUCGAGCGAACAUUGAUACAGAUCAGAGAAUCCACGAGCCGUUUGUGUGUCUUUGUGAGUCCCGCGCUCAUCCCGUCUUCAACCAAUCGUCAUGUGGAUCAUUUCCAUCCUACACCAUAUCUGUCGCGUUUGCCUGUUGUAAUUUUUUAAUUGCAUGCCGCUAAUAACGCAGCGAAAUGUUUUGUAUCUUUGAAGCAAAACAAUUAGGAAGGCUUCUUUGGCGCACCAUAAAUUUUUUUAGCUUUAAAAAGAGACCAAGUACAAGUCUGUACGUUGAAUAUUCGCAAACUUUAACAUCAUUUUUCGAGGAUUUUAAGUUUGCUUAUAAGUCCACUAAAUUUUACGCAAAAUGACCUGUGCGCAACUUCGGACAAAAACACGAACUCCAAUAUCUCGAGAAAUUUGCUGCGUAAAGUCGGGAUCUCAAAUUCUUAAUGCAGUAGAACAGUUAAGUUCACCAUUUUCAAAACACAAAUUAAAGCAAGGGGCACACAUACACCAAACCCAUGAUCCUCGUUCCCCGCGCAUAUCGUGGGAGAACUGCCGUGCGAUUCCCAGUCAACAGCUCCCACAUGUGUUGUGUGGAGCUGGCUCUUAAAGAACUCGCCUCGGCAAGAAAGGGUCACUGAUCAACGGCUAUGUCUUGCUGAUCUGUAAAUAAAUUAUUUAAAAGAAAAAAAAAGUAAGGGCGAAACAGCUGCUCAUGGCUGCCACUGCCCGCGUGAUAAUGGCUGUGCGCAUGCGUGAGGUAAUGGUGUAUGUGUGCCCCUUGCUUACUUUAAUGGUAACUCGUGCUCCACCUUCCCCGCGCAUGUCCUGGUAGAAUGCUGUGCGGUUCUCAUCCAACAGCUCCCACAUGUGUUGUGUAGACCUAGCGCUUAAUAGACUGCUUUGCACUCUCCUUCGCAGUAAGGGAUUUAUUUUUCUUGCUAUCAGUACCGUCCCGGCCGCGAGUUGGUGUAUGUGUGCCCCUUGCUUUAGGUUUGCACUAUUUUCAAUGCUUCAUUGCUCUUAUUUCUUUGCUCGUUGGCACUAAGCGAUAGCUUUUACUAGUAAUAAUAAUAAAAUAAACUGAGAGAGUAUUUUGAUCAAAGCUAUGUAUACUGAGAUCACACUGAAUAACAGCAUGGAAUCUUACGUUUCCUGUUUUUAUCUAGUAAGUCUAGUAGUCUUUAUUUCCACACAAGAUAAAAAAUACAUAUGUUAUGUUACAAUAUUUGAGUAAAAAGUAUAUAUAUCUAAGUUAUUUACAAAAAAAAAAAACGCUCACAUAGCUAAAUUGUAUUUAAAAAUUAAGCGAUUAAUGUAAGAGUUCUUGAAUGUAUCUGUAUUAACUUUCGGAUACUGACUUGUUCGAUUCCUUAAAUUGUAAGUCGAUACUUUCUUCUUGGGUAAUAGUCCCCUUAGAGGGUGUCGGUCUAUGCCAGAUACCUUACGAAAUACUUUCCUAUCCUGCUUUUCUAGAAGGUGCUUCAUAGAAAAUGAUUUAGAUGUAUAUUUACGUUUGUAACAUCUAUCUAGAAAACACUGCAUGCUGUCAGCUCCGCAAACAACGCAAACUCAACUUUACUUUAGCAAAAUGUUUUUGUUUGUUUAUUUGUUUGUUUUGUUUUUAACUAUUUUAUGUUUUAAAUAUGUGCUGUAGUCAAUUACAUACUUCAAGGUGAUUAAUGUAAAUUCAUUUUAAAUCUUGUACAUUUUGCAUCUUUUUUAGAAUCUUAUCGUAUCUUUUUAGAGUUUUUUUUUUCGUAGUUGUUUUAUUGUAAGUCAUUUUAUCCUGUUUUAUAAGAAACAGAAUCUCAGUUGCUAUUCUGAAAACAUCUCUCCUAUCGUUAAGGGGAUCGCGUUCAAGGAGGAGAGUAAAUCUCAACCUAAAAGAGGUGGACUUUGACAUCGAAAGAGGACUUUUAGGACGCUGGAUUUUUAUUUAGAGAAUAGAUAUUGAAUAUUGCAUAUUCAAUUAUUACUACUAUUUAAUAUUCUUAUCGAUGUUGGUUCAUGUUGAAAUCGUGGCAGUUUUUUUACUUUUUUUUUUUUUGAAGUCAUUUUAUCCUUAGUACUACAUCGUAAUCACUUUUACACGUAAUAGUUUUUUUUUUUUUAAGAAAUAAGCUUUAAAUAUUAUGUGUUUACACUGCGAAAAUGAUGAUGAUGAUGUUGAUGAAGAUAAUAAUAAUAAUGGCCUGAGGAGCCCAAAAAAUCUUCAGUAUGAAUCGGUGUAUUUCAAAAAGCUGCACAAAGACCGAGCAGAACGGGGGCUGCUCUAGUGUCAACUAUUACAAGUGUGUACCUCUUUUUCACUCAUUAAGUUUCCCUUGCACAAUUAUUUCGUGUACUCUGUCGCCAAAAAGCAAAACCGUACCAAGACGGCAUCGCAGGGGGUAGUUAGCAAAUUAAUUUGGAAGUACAGUGCUGGAACGGUUACCUCGGCAUAACGAAGGACCAAGAAACCGGCAGAAUUUGUUCGCUAUUCAACGAGGUUUCGUUUUAUCGAGUUUCUUUUCCGUGGGGUAAAGAAAAUCGUUAGUUACAUUAAGGAAUUCGUCAUAUAGAGGUUCGUUAUUUCGAGGUUUCGCUCGUCUGUAGUAAACAACAAUUGAACAAUUCAAGCCUUUAUAUCGGGAUGUAAUUUAUCGCUCUGUUCAAUCUUUUGUAGCGUUUAGCUUUUAAAAUAAGUACCAGUUUCUUCCUUCCAAAAGUAAAUACUUUUAAAUAUUUAAAAGUAAGAAUAAGUUUAUUCUUACUUAAGUUUGUUCUUACUUAAAAGUAAGAAUAAACUUAGUAUUAAAAACACACUUUUCACAAGUUGAUAUCUUUGCUAAGAGAGUUAAACUAUUACGAGUACUAUCAGUAUAUUUUCUGGUCUGUAUGAAUUCCAAUUUUUGAACAAAGUCUUUGCAUUGUUAAUCCUUUUCAUUUGUUAUUUUCCCAACAGGUUACAGCAGUUGCAGCGGGUAUAGAUAUGAUCCCCAGGCAUUUCUUUUCUCGCUGGUUAACAAGCCAGGAUGGGCGCCUGUGAAACUACCUCAGACAGGGCAGCAUAGUUCUUACAGAAGAUCCAUAUACGACUGCUCGCAUUAUGGACCUACUUUCGGAGGAGGCCAUGACAUUUACAUUGCCAACCAUGCGUCAUCCAGUAGCAAUUCCUAUGCCAGCCUUGGCUGGACUUACAGCCCACCAAGCGGGUAUAAGCACUCAAGCACCUUCGCCCGGACAUUUCUAGCAGGAGGAAGUAAUAAUCUUUUUACUCCAGAUGAAGUAGAAACAUUUUACGAAACAACCUAG